AACUCUGUAACUCAAGGUAACUACUAUGGGAGUAAGGCGUUUUGUUGUGGUCAUUUUCCAGAUUACUACAGGGUUUGCUAAGUCUUAAAUAUACAUGUUAGAAUGAUGUCAUUGCUGGAGGAAAAUAAACGAAAUAACAGGUUCCCAGACGAGACGUUUACAUGGAGAAGAACUGACGUUACUACAGCACGGUAACUACCUGGACUCUGGCCAGCAUUUGCCUAUGGCUGGACUGUGGUCUGCUAUCUUUGCUGCUUUACCUGUGACAGAGGCAGACUUUCCACUUGACUUCAGCGAAAAAAUUGAGCCCAGUUUGGUGGAGGUGCUGAAGCAAUGCAGGCAGCAGCUCUACAGUGGACGCUGCCAGUGGAUGCAAGAUGCCCAGAUUAUUUUAGACUUUUCCUGGGAGAAGCUCAACACAGGAACUUGGCGUGAUGUUGACAAGGAGUGGAGGUGUGUGUACUCAUAUGGUUGUCUGUUCAAAGUGGCAUCCCUGUGCCGUGAGGAUGCCUCAGCAGUUAAAGUGCAGGAAGCCAUACGGACUUGUGACAUGGGUCUUCUAAUGGGAGCGUCCAUCAUGGACAAUGUUUUACAACGAAUUAUAAGGAUCCUGCAAAACAAAGUCUGGAAGAGCCACUACAAAGAGGAUCCCAAUGAAGGCGUUAGUCCUAAGAAAUUGAAAGUAGACUGUGACCCUGUGAUCAAGCAGGCUCUGGCAGUACCACGGAUACGCUGUCCGUCAUUGGAGAGGUUCAAGAACGAUUACUUGGAUACCCAAAAGCCAGUCAUAUUAGAGGGUAUUAUAGAUCACUGGCCAGCCUUUAAGAACCACCCUUGGAGCUUGGAAUACCUGCAAACUGUUGCUGGUUGUCGGACUGUACCUGUUGAAGUGGGUUCAAGAUAUACUGACGAGAAUUGGUCACAGACACUACUAACUAUCAAUGAAUUCAUUGAUCAAUAUAUUGUCAAGAACACAACAGAUUUGGGAUAUCUUGCUCAACAUCAGUUAUUUGAUCAGAUCCCUGAGCUGAGAGAUGACAUUCUUAUCCCUGACUACUGUUGUCUUGGUGAUGGAGAUGAAGAUGACAUCACAAUCAACGCUUGGUUUGGGCCAGGAGGUACAGUGUCUCCCCUUCAUCACGAUCCUCAACUGAACUUCCUGGCACAGGUGGUUGGUAGAAAGUACAUCCGUCUGUACUCCCCUGAAGACACUGAUAAACUCUACCCUCACCAAUCACAGCUCCUAAACAACACUAGUCAGGUGGAGGUGGAGAGUCCAGACAUAGAAAAGUUCCCAGAGUUUGUGAACGCUCCUUACCUAGAGUGUGUCCUGCAGCCUGGGGAUGUCCUGUUUAUCCCAGUCAAGCACUGGCAUUAUGUGCGUUCUUUGGAGCUCAGCUUUUCUGUAAGCUUCUGGUGGUCAUGAUUCAUAGUAACAUAUCCGGAGACCGGGUGUUUUUACAAUCCUGUGCCCACAUUUUUUGUAACUUUUGUUUGAAUGUAGUAUUUUUUUAAACUAUAAAUAAACAUCAUCUUCUUAUA